AUGGGUCUGAGCGGUCGUCCUAAGAUAACUGAUUUUUUUACGUCAAAGCCACCAUUCUUUGGAUCCAAAGUUCAAUAUCUUUGCUUAAAUUACUUCCAUCAGUAUUCAGAUAUCGAGUUGUCUAAUUUGUUAUCUUGGUUUUCUCGUUUGAAAUAUGUAAGUUUAUCAUUUUCUUGUAUUACGGAUAAGGGUUUCAAGGCCUUGGCAGAAUGUUGUCCAUCCUUAAAGAAGGUUAGACUCCCAUGUUGUCACUCGAUUACUGAUUCAGGAAUAAGUUUUCUCUUACAAAAUUGUGGAGAACUGGCUUCACUUUGUACUAGCUUCUGCAGCAAAAUAACUGGCAUUGGCUUUCUUGGGUGUCCAAAAACCUUAACAAAACUAGAAGCAAUCGGGUGCAAAUUUAAACCGGAGGGGAUUAAAGCAGUUGUUAAUGGAGGUGGGAUGAAUCAUCUAAUUCUAUCAGCUGGGUUCGGCGUGGCUGGAGGAGGAUGUAUUGAUACUGAAGCAGUUAUGACGAUUUCAAAAGGUUGUCCUGUAUUAAAGAAACUAAUAAAUCGUGGGUAUCAUAUAGACGGAUCAUCGAUUGAACAGAAAUAA